AUGCUGACCUCAUUCGACGAAAAGAAGAAAGAAAAUUCAGUCGAAUUUGCUGCUACCUUACCCGACCCCGUCCUCCCCCUUCUAUUCCCAGAUUCAGUCUGGCAGUCUGCUGAGGUGUCCCACUUUCCCGCGUGUGUUCUGCCGCUGAUGCACCGCUGCAGCACGUCCUUGUGCUUUGGUUGGGUCCCGUCACCUUGUCACCUCCUUCUCUCACUCGCUCCUUCCCUACCUUGCCUUGGCUCCGUUAUCCUUCGCCUUACUCUUUCCAUUUACCUUGCUGGCGUCCCUCGCCGUCACCUUGUCGCCUUGUCCCUUGCCUUGCUCUCUUACUUCACCUUCUUCUUACCACCACUACCACCUGCACCCAAAAGAGAGAGAGAAGAAAAAAAGACCACCACACCGGCACCCGACCCAAUCCACGUCUUUUCUUCCCCUUCGUCGUCGCCGCCCCCCCAUUUCGACCUCGACCCCGUUCUCUUUCUCCACUACCCACCUCAUCUUUCCGCCCUGCAGCAACGGCAACCACCACCGCCACUGCUCCUAGUCUCUUCCAUACCUUGCUGCUACUCCGUACCAAUACUACUACCACUACCACUGCCACUACCACCACACUUUACCUACCACCCGCUUCGACUCCUCUUGCCCGCUGCCACUCUAACCCCCAACUACCUGCGCCUGGAAAUCACACCCGACUCCGACCCCGACCUCGACAAGACAAUACACUCGACACGACACGACGCGCCGCGCGAUAAGGGAGAGACUGAGAGACCGACAAUGGUCGUCGCUACUAUCAAGCUUCCCUUCACCGUUGCCAAUCCUGACUUGAACUUGACGAUCGGCAAAUGGGCAGCCAUCAAAGCGCGCAUGUGUGUUGUCGUCGGUGACGGUGCGGUCGGAAAGACAUGCCUUCUCAUCAGCUACACGACGAACAAGUUCCCCUCCGAAUACGUUCCGACCGUCUUCGAUAACUAUGCCGUCACUGUUAUGAUCGGUGACGAGCCUUACACACUGGGACUGUUCGAUACCGCCGGUCAGGAAGAUUACGACAGACUCCGCCCCCUCUCCUAUCCCCAGACCGACGUCUUCCUCGUCUGCUUCAGCGUCACAUCACCUGCCUCCUUCGAGAACGUCCGCGAGAAGUGGUUCCCCGAGGUACAUCACCACUGCCCCGGCGUCCCUUGCCUUAUCGUCGGCACCCAGGUCGAUCUGCGCGAGGACCCCAGCGUCCGCGAGAAGCUUUCUAAGCAGAAGAUGUCUCCGGUACGGAAAGAGGACGGCGAGCGGAUGGCAAAGGAUUUGGGUGCGGUCAAGUACGUCGAGUGCAGUGCUCUGACGCAGUACAAGCUAAAGGAUGUCUUUGACGAGGCAAUUGUUGCGGCUCUGGAGCCUCCUGCCCCGAAGAAGAAUUCUGGCUCUGGCGGCGAGCGGAAAAGCCGAGAACCAGGCUUGGACAUUUUCUCUUGCCAUCCAGAUGCGCGCGCAAACGGUUCUGGGUUUCCAUCUUUGAACGGCAUUUUGGACCUUUUUUUGCAGCGCGCAUGGCAUUGGACACGCUUAGGUCUUGAUCAGUUUGGAUUGGAUCAUCUGGCCGCGGCGGUCCGGGCUUCUAGGCAUAUCUUGGUUGGGGACUGCGAGGAGGACGAAUGGGCAAGUCGACGGGCUGUGUUUCCCCCCUUCCAUAUUCUGUUCACCAAUUCCCAAAGUUCUCCCUCAUACCAUGCCCUCUUACCAAAUCCAGCCCCUCAUCCCUCUCGCAUCCCUCAUACGCCUUGCUCUGGCCCGGAUCUUGGUGGUCUUUCUUGCUUCUUUCUACAUUUAGGGAUGGUGUCUGUAUGCGCGCAACUUUCCAUCUACAGCCACAACCCGCGCGGAGCGAGCACCGAUCAGCUGAAGGGCAUGGCCUCAGCCUCCAACAUCGGAUCGACGAGGCGAGUCAUUCCCGCUUGCUGCCCGCCUCGGUACACGCCAUCCGUUCACUCACAUCUUUUCUCUUUCUGCACGUUGUGGGGGCACGAAAAGAAGGGAUAUGGCAAGCAAGGCACGCACGUUGGAAGCGCGCAACUACCCGACGUUCGUUCCGUCUGCCCAGGUCUCUCAACUGGGAUGCCUAACGUUGCCAAUCUUAUCGUUGGAAUGUUCUUUAUUCGCAAAGGCCACCAACAACCCCUCACUCUCACUGGCCGCGCUUUCCUAUCUGUCUGCCUGAGCGCAUGCCCGCCCAACUUCUUGGGCAAAAGUCCAGCAGUCUUUGAAGGGGUUCUCUGGGCGUACGGUCCAGGGACCUUCUGCAGCCCACCAUCUUCACCUCAUCCACGGACCACAACUUGGGACGCUGAAGAUGAUGAAAUAAACGAGCACCUAAUAUCGCACUUUUGCGAUUGGACGUUUUCUCUCGCUCGCUCUCGAGGUGGGUGUCCCACCACCCCGACGUGCCCAUCCUUAACGGGAGACCCCACCUCCCGGGAAGAGAUCGGAUACCGUGUAGUUACAUAUCCGGGCUCCAUGAUCCCCACCGCGCGCCGGCGGCCAGGAACGAUGCACCACCGACCCCGCAUUGCCCGCCAUAUUACGGUCUACCUCUACCUUACUACUGGCAUCCUGGAGAAAGCCCGGCGCACCGCAUCCAGGCAUUUUAGUCUAAUGCAUUCGUUGACAAUUUAUUUCCUCACUCAGUCUACACUACCGGCAUCGGCGGGACCUUCCCCGCCGGACGUUCUCCGCUGGUCAUCACCUUUAACCCUGGGUUUUCCUGGUGACAGCCCGGAUCUGAUUACCGUGUCCCACCAUGCGGGAUUCAUUGCAAGUAGAAGAUCCAUUAUGUAUAUCCCCCGAAUACACGGGAAGCGAGUUGUCGGUCUAGCCAUUCGAAUCAGACAACCACAAAGGGCGCGUGCGCGCGCAAACCCGCGCCGGACUUGCCCUGAAUUGAGGAUUCUCUCAUCCUUGCUAUUCUCGUCAUCACCUAACAACCCCUCUCACGACCGUUCUUACUUUGUGAUUGUCACAACGACUCGGGUGCAGGAAACAUCACAGGGGAGAACAGAACAACAACGAGACCUAGCCGUCAUGAAGUUGACGUCUCUCCUGCUGGGCUGCUCGUCAGCCCUGCUGGCCGCCGCGUGCGGCAACCACGGCGACGAGAAAGAGUGGACCAAGGCCGAGCUGGAUGAGUUGGAGGCUAAAUGGGGUUUCGAGAUGAGAGAAUGGAGGGCUAACUUGAUAUUUGUUCAGUGGGGAUUCACGGGCAUCGGCUCUUUCGCUCAUCUUAAGCACGCCAAGUGCCUGACGACGCCGUCCGAGCUGUACGAUAUCGCCAUCAUCGGCGCGCCGUUUGACACGGCUGUCAGCUAUAGGCCAGGCGCCCGCUUCGGCCCCCGCGCCAUCCGCCAGGCCUCGAGCAGACAGACGUCGUUCCGCGGCUUCAACCCGCGCGCGAGCAUCAACCCGUACGCCAACUGGGCCACGAUCCUCGACUGUGGCGACAUACCCGUCACGCCCAUGGACAACGUCGUCGCCGUGGAGCAGAUGUCGGCCGCCUUCAAGGAGCUGGGUCAGCGCAGGCCCGUGUCGAGCUCGCUGAGCAGGCCGAAGCUCAUCACCCUCGGCGGCGACCACAGUCUCGCGCUGCCCGCGCUGAGGGCACUUAGGGAGGCGUACGGGGCGCCGUUGAGGGUGUUGCAUUUUGACGAAAGAAUGGUAUGGCUGACGUAUAUCACGAAAUACACAGCUCACCUGGACACCUGGCACCCGGCAAAGUACCCGUCCUACUGGACCGCAACGCAAUUCAACCACGGCUCCAUGUUCUGGAUGGCCGGCAACGAAGGCCUCCUCUCCAACGCCUCGAGCCAGCCCUCGGUCCACGCGGGCCUGCGCACCCGCCUCUCCGGCACCGACUUCACCGACCACGACGACGACACGGCGCAGAACUGGGUGCGCAUCGCCGCCGACGACAUUGACGAGAUUGGCACCGCGGGUAUCGUCAAAUCCAUCAUGGAGACGCUGGGCACCGAGGACCCCGUGUACCUGUCCAUCGAUAUCGACGUGCUGGACCCGGCGUUCGCGCCUGGUACGGGCACGCCUGAGCCCGGUGGCUGGACGACGCGCGAGCUGAUUCGGAUUCUGAGGGGCAUCGAGGGGUUGAAUUUGGUGGGUGCUGAUGUUGUGGAGGUGAGCCCUGCGUAUCAGAAUGCCGGGGAGGAGACGGCGUUGGCGGCGGCGCAGGUUGUUUAUGAGGUUCUCAGCUCGAUGGUGAAGAAGGGGCUUGAGGGGAUGGGGAAGGAGGGCAAGGCUGCUGCUGCUGUUGUAGAUGAGAAGGAUGAGUUAACGCAGGUCUCUGGAUGUCAGGAAGAGAAGUGGAAUGAGCAGGAGGACUUGUUAAACUCUGGCAUGUUCACCGGAACGGCAGCAGCUCGAACAAAAGUCAUUGACGAUACACCAUACGAGAUGGCACCAGCUGGGACUCCCACGAGUGCUUCAUACUCUUUACUGUUUCCAGCAUUCUCACCGCCACCCCAAGGUGAGUACGCAAACCGCCUCACCGUCGCUUUGUCCUUCAGAUGCCCGAGUCAAGGGGGGAUAGACCCAGCAGAUGUACCUAGAUACGGUUACGCACCCGCCUACCUUCCUAUCUUCGGAGCAAAGUUGGGCGAGACCCAACCUCGUCCUCAGCAAAUGCCAAACGGGCGGGCGCUCAUAAAAGAAAGAGGGCCCCCGGUAAUGUCUUUUGAAAAGCACCUCAGUUCCCGCUGGGCGCCGGGCGACACUGGAAAGCCAACAGAGGUGACUCACACAGCUUCGAGCAACAUGUCAGGUCAGGUCCGGAUAGUCACCCUCUCCCCUCACCCCUCCGUCCCUCCCACCAACUCAAUCCGAAUAAUUUACCCCGCCAUCCAGAAACCAUCCCAAAAAUUUCCUAAAACUUCGACUACGUCAAAGAACCCUCGACCACACACCAUGGCCGCCCCACAGGAGUUGGCUGAGCGUCCCAAGACGGAGGACAAGGUCUACAUCGACACCGACGUCGGCGCCGACGAGCCCUCGACCCAGGGCACCGAGUCCUCCCCCUUCAAGUCCCUCGCCGCCGCCUACAUCGCCAACAACGAGUCCGUCACAUCGCGCCACUUCCUCACCCGCGCCUCCAAGACGGGUGACGACGAGGCCGCUCGCCUCGAGUGGAAGGAGCCUGCAAAGAGCGCCGUGAAAAAGGCCCAGUCCGCCCUCGACGCCCACCGCAAGAAGCUCGUCAAGCAGGCCCAGAUCGAGGCCAAGGAGGAGGAGCAGAAGAAGGCCCGCCAGCAGGCCCUCGAGGCUGCCAAGCAGAUCGUCAUCAAGGAGGACGAGUCUCUCCCCGAGGCGAAGCGCAUCACCAUCGCCGACAAGACCGUCGUGCUGGGCGAGGGCGAUAAGAAGGGCGACCGCGUCAAGAUUGCCGGCCGCAUUCACAGGCUGCGCGCCCAGAAGCAGGCCACCUUCAUCACCCUCGUCGACGGCUACGGACACCUCCAGUGCGUGCUCCAGGCCGGCGACCUCACAAAGACGUACGACGCCCUCACCUUUGCCCAGGGAACCUCCCUUUGGGUCUACGGCGAGCUCAAGAAGGUCCCCGAGGGCCAAACCGCCCCGGAUAACCGUGAACUUCACGUCGACUACUACAAGGUCAUUGGCACGUCGCCCACGGACGAAGAUGCCAUCACCAACAAGGUCUCGCUGCUGCAGAACCAGUGGGACUCCCAGAUGCUGGACAACCGCCACCUGGUUCUCCGCGGUGACAACGCCUCCGCGAUCAUGAAGAUCCGCGCCGCCGUCGAGUGGGCCUUCACCAAGACCUACAAGGACCUCAAGAUCACAAAGGUCUCUCCCCCGGCUCUGGUCCAGACCCAGGUCGAGGGCGGUUCCACGCUCUUCUCCGUCCCCUACUACGACGAGGCUGCCUACCUCACCCAGUCCUCCCAGCUGUAUCUCGAGACCGUCCUCCCCAGCUUGGGAAGCGUCUACUGCAUCGAAAAGUCCUUCCGUGCGGAGCGCAGCUUGACCCGCAGACAUUUGUCCGAGUACACUCACGUCGAGGCGGAGCUCGACUUCAUCGAGUUUCCCGACCUGCUCGCCCAUCUCGAGGAGGUCAUGUGCCGCGUCAUCGACAACGUCCUCGCCGACGAGGAGAUCGCCGCCUACGUCAAGGAGCUCAACCCCGACUUUAAGAAGCCCGUCCGCCCCUUCCUGCGCAUGAAGUACACCGACGCCAUCGACUGGCUCAACGCCCAAGACCCCCCCAUCCUCAACGAGGACGGCGAGACCCACAAGUUUGGCGACGACAUUGCCGAGGCCGCCGAGCGCAGGAUGACCGACAUCAUCAACAAGCCCAUCUUCCUCACCCACUUCCCCACAGAGAUUAAGGCCUUCUACAUGAAGAAGGACCCCAACGACCCGCGCGUCACCGAGAGCGUCGACUGCCUGAUGCCCGGUGUCGGAGAGAUUGUUGGUGGUUCCAUGAGAAUGGAGGGCUACGACGAGCUCCUCGCCGCCUACGACAGAGAGGGAAUCCCGUCAAAGGACUACUACUGGUACACUGACCAGAGAAAGUACGGAACCUCCCCCCACGGCGGCUACGGUCUUGGCCUCGAGCGUUUCCUGGCCUGGUUGGCCAACCAGCACACCGUCCGUACGACAUGCUUGUACCCCCGCUACAUGGGACGUUGCAAGCCUUAG